CCCACCCAUUCUUAACACCACAUUCUUACUCAAACACAAUGGGUGGCGUUCUAUCGUCUGUUCGCGCCGGCUAUGAUGCCCUUAAUGUAUUCUGGGCCGAGGUAUCCCAAAACAUGGCCGAGUCGGACGCGCUCCUUCGACGGAUCGCGACGCCUGCGUUCCCAGUGGCCGAUCCAACAGUCUCAUUCUGGCAACUCAACCCCCCAUUCCCAAAACUAGUCAAGAUGAAAUCCAAGCAGCUGCCGCAGUCCGCGGAUAUCGUGAUCAUCGGUUCUGGCCUGUCAGGCGCCAGCGUGGCGUACACGAUCCUGUCAGAAUGCCACGCGCUCGGGGCGAAGAAGAAGGUGGUCAUCCUGGAAGCUCGUGAGACGUGUAGUGGUGCGACGGGGCGAAACGGCGGCCAUUUGAAGUGCUCGCCUUAUAUGCUGUAUUCCGACCUUAAGGGGAUGUUGUCGCCAAAGGAGGCUCGAGAGGUCUUGAAGUUCUACCGUCGACAUCUGCCGAUCAUGCUGGACUUGGUGGAGGCGGAGAGGCUCGAGGGUGCUGAGGCUAGAGAGGUUGAGACGGUCGAUGUUUUUCUGGAGAAGAGCGCCUGGGAGAAAGGCUUGGGGAUGGUUCGAGAUCUUCGGCAGGAUUUCCCGGAGGCGGCGCAGGAUAUUAUGGUAUGGGAGGCUGAUGAUGCGAAGAGGGUCCAGAAAUUCGGUCUGAGUAGCCAUGCCCAUGGUGCCAUCACGUAUCGUGCUGGAGCCAUGUGGCCCUAUCGACUUGUGAGCUCGCUUUAUUCGCACCUGCUAGCGAAAUAUGGGCCUUCGUUCGCUAUUGAAACCAGUACGGAAGUUCAAGAUAUUCACAUGGAAAAUGACGAAGCUACUCCAUAUUAUUUAAGGACGUCGCGCGGUGUGAUUCGUGCUCGACAUAUUGUGCACGCCACCGAUGGAUUCACCGCGAAUCUUAUCCCGGGAUUGAAAGGUAAAAUAUUCCCUGUGCGAGGGCACAUGUCGGCUCAGGAGGCGGAUGGCCCUUCGUCGGAUCUAGAUGGCACACGGUCCUGGAGUUUCAUCGACAAAAAGGGGUUCGAGUAUAUCACCCAGCGACCGCAGGAAUCAGCAGGUUGUCACAGUCCGGGAGGGGAAAUCAUGCUCGGGGGCGGUCUCUUCCAGUCCGCAGAUAAGGGACUUGAUGAAAUCGGAAUCUGGAAAGACAAUGGUGCCAGUCCUAUCAUCAGCGCAUAUCUAAGUGGAAUAUGGUCUGUGGCCAUGCGGGACGAGAACACUCGAGUGCUUCAGCUAUGGACCGGAUGCAUGGGUUUCACCAUUGACCUUCUUCCUUUCGUCGGACGGGUCCAUCCCAGAUUCACGGGAAGAGUCCCACAUCGAUCGUCCCGCAGAGGAAAAUCCUCGGAGAAUUCUAGGAGCGACGCUCCCAAUGAAUGGAUCACGGCUGGCUUCGGGGGCGAUGGCAUGGUUUCAGCAUGGCUUUCGGGUACGGCAGUGGGACUGAUGCUUUUGGGCCGAGACAAGAUUGAGCACGAAUCCCAGCCUGGAAGACCGGCGGGGAAGGUUACAGACUGGCUCCCCAAGCAGCUGCGUCUCUCCGGGGCGAGAAUCCGGAGGGCGAACAUUUACAAACUAGCCCAGCAGCUGUAG